AUCUUUUGGCUGUCCUGCGCCGGACAAACGAGCCAGACACUCAACUUGGUUCUUUUUUCAUCUGCAUCUUCCACCACAGACAAAAUUCUCUUCUUGCAAAUUUUUGCAAAAGCGAACUCUCACGAAGUUCUCAAUUCUGAUUUUUCAUUUUAGAUACCCCCAUUUUUGUGAACAAGUUCAGAUUUUGACGACCGCCGAAGCACAUACACAUACAUACACUCAAGAUGGCUGAGACUUUCGAGUUCCAGGCUGAGAUCUCUCAGCUGUUGUCGCUCAUCAUCAACACCGUCUACUCUAACAAGGAGAUCUUCUUGAGGGAACUGGUAUCAAACUGCUCAGAUGCCCUCGACAAGAUCCGGUACGAGGCCUUGUCGGACAGCAGCAAGCUGGACACCGGCAAGGACCUGCGUAUCGACAUCAUCCCCGACAAGGCAAACAAGACCCUCACCAUUAAGGAUACUGGUAUCGGUAUGACCAAGGCUGACUUGGUCAACAACCUUGGUACCAUUGCCCGCUCCGGCACCAAGCAGUUCAUGGAGGCACUCACCGCUGGUGCCGACAUCUCCAUGAUUGGUCAGUUCGGUGUUGGUUUCUACUCUGCCUACCUUGUGGCCGACAAGGUCACGGUCGUCUCAAAGCACAACGAUGACGAGCAGUACAUCUGGGAGUCGAGCGCUGGUGGCACCUUCAGCAUCGUUCCAGACACCGAGGGCGAGCCCCUUGGCCGCGGUACCAAGAUGAUCCUCCACCUCAAGGAGGAGCAGCUUGACUACCUCAACGAGAGCAAGAUCAAGGAGGUCAUCAAGAAGCACUCCGAGUUCAUCUCAUACCCCAUCUACCUUCACGUCGAGAAGGAGGUUGAGAAGGAGGUUCCUGAUGAGGAGGCCGAGACCAAGGAGGAGGAGGGUGACGACAAGAAGCCCAAGAUCGAGGAGGUCGAUGACGAGGAGGAGGAGAAGAAGCCCAAGACCAAGAAGAUCAAGGAGACCAAGGUCGAGGAGGAGGAGCUGAACAAGCAGAAGCCCAUCUGGACCCGGAAUCCCCAGGACAUCACUCAGGAGGAGUACGCCGCUUUCUACAAGUCUCUUUCCAACGACUGGGAGGACCACCUGGCCGUCAAGCACUUCUCGGUUGAGGGUCAACUUGAGUUCCGUGCCAUCCUUUUCGUCCCCAAGCGUGCCCCCUUCGAUCUCUUUGAGACCAAGAAGACCAAGAACAACAUCAAGCUUUACGUCCGCCGUGUCUUCAUCACCGAUGAUGCCACCGACCUGGUGCCUGAGUGGCUCAGCUUCGUCAAGGGUGUCGUCGACUCUGAGGACCUUCCCCUCAACCUGUCUCGUGAGACUCUCCAGCAGAACAAGAUCAUGAAGGUCAUCAAGAAGAACAUCGUCAAGAAGUCUCUUGAGCUUUUCCAGGAGAUUGCUGAGGACAAGGAGCAGUUCGACAAGUUCUACAGUGCCUUCAGCAAGAACCUCAAGCUUGGUAUCCACGAGGAUUCUGCCAACCGCCAGAUUCUUGCCAAGCUCCUCCGCUUCAACUCUACCAAGUCUGGCGAUGAGCUCACCUCGCUGUCCGACUACAUCACCCGCAUGCCCGAGGUGCAGAAGAACAUCUACUACAUCACUGGCGAGUCCCUCAAGGCCGUCCAGAAGUCUCCCUUCCUUGACUCGCUCAAGGAGAAGAACUUUGAGGUUCUGUUCCUGGUUGACCCCAUCGAUGAGUACGCUAUGACUCAGCUCAAGGAGUUUGAGGGCAAGAAGCUCGUUGACAUCACCAAGGACUUCGAGCUCGAGGAGACCGAGGAGGAGAAGGCCAUCCGCGAGAAGGAGGAGAAGGAGUACGAGGACCUUGCCAAGGCCCUCAAGAACGUCCUCGGUGACAAGGUUGAGAAGGUCGUUGUCUCCCACAAGCUGGUCGGCGCUCCUUGCGCCAUCCGUACUGGCCAGUUCGGCUGGUCUGCCAACAUGGAGCGUAUCAUGAAGGCCCAGGCCCUCCGUGACACCUCCAUGUCGAGCUACAUGUCUUCCAAGAAGACUUUUGAGAUCUCGCCCAAGAGCGCCAUCAUCAAGUCGCUCAAGUCCAAGGUUGAGAACGACGGCGAGAACGACAAGACUGUCAAGUCGAUUGUCCAGCUCCUCUUCGAGACCUCGCUGCUCGUCUCUGGCUUCACCAUUGAGGAGCCUGCUGGCUUCGCUGAGCGCAUCCACAAGUUGGUGUCUCUUGGUCUGAACAUUGACGAGGAGCCCGAAGCGUCUGCCGAUGCCCCGGCCGCUGACGCCUCGGCACCUGCUGCUGAGACUGGCGACAGCGCCAUGGAGGAGGUCGACUAAACGGUUUCGCUCACGUAAUAGAUGAAUGAUAGCUUGGGCGCCUUGGCAUGACUUUAUGGGGAUUUUCUUUUCACGGAUUUCUGAACAAAAAAGCUUUCAUAUGGAGUUUCGGAAUUAGGAUUCUGGUCUGGCAACGCAAUGACGACUUUUUUUUUAUUAUUAUUUCAUGAUUGAGCAUACAUGGCUUGUUUUCUUUAACCCCCCUUGGCGAGUAUGCCCAGCUAUCAAUCACGAUACAAUACUUAGAGAGAUUCACUGAGUGUAAUAUAUCGUUUAAUUACCGAGA